ACCACAUUCCAUCAAAGAAAUUACAACUCGCAGGGAAUUUCCAAAUUUUGGGAAUCUCAAAUAAACUCGUCCAUCUCUCUGUUUACUGUUGCCUUUAGCGUCUCGUAGGCAGUGGUCGUAAGACAACCGACGAUCGCGAAUGAUCAAUGUGGUAACACAAACAAGCGCGUCCCGCAGUCGGACAGUGAUCGCAACUCAUCUAGGCAAAAAGUAAGUUAGUCGUCGUCGCGACUUGGACGCAAAUAGCACGAUCGCGAUCUCGGAGAAACGGUAUUGGGUCAAAGUCAAUCAUUGCCAGCAAUAAGCUAUAAUCAGAAACAGACCCUGCAGUUUUAGCUCGCUAUCAACGCUGGACAGUUUUAAAUUGCGCACCGAGUUGCAGUGCUGUGACAGUGAUCGGAAGCGGGAAGUCAUAUUCCAGUGGGAAAUUACGCCGAUUACUGGAGGGAAUAGUUUGAUUCCAACGUGAUCCAACAUGGACUGAAAGACCGGAAACCAACAGCCUUAACAACAGAUUUGUACCAGCUCAACAAUGAACCGCACUCAUCGAAGCAUAGCUUUAUUAGUAAUCUCAGCAAUAAUCCUACUAGUCCAAACACAAGAUGUCACAUCCACCAGUACAAAGCGAUUCACCUGUCCCGAAGAAUCGGAGGCAUCGAACUGCAGCUGCGAAGAGUUCCCAUCAAAAACCCACUUCUACUGUCCGGACUUCAAUCCAACGCUGUACGUAGACGUGGAGGACCGGAUGAGAGUUGAUUUCAAGUGCUACGAUGAGCCACAUGAUUUCAAAAGCCUUCCGAACCUGGCGAUCGGCAGUGUUAAAUUGUUAACCGUAGUGGAUUGCGUUUUGGAUGAUGACCGGCCAAUUUUAGAGUCGUUCAAAUUCUUGGAGGUUGCGGAUGUGAGGAGCUUUGUGUACAAUAAUCAUGAGAAUGGCAUUCGCUACAACGCCAAAUACUUCGAAGGGAUGGAACAGCUGGAAAAUCUGACAUUGGCUCGAGGGGUGGUCAGCAUUGAUAGGGAUACGUUUUCGGGGUUCCUCAAUUUGAAAAGGCUAACCAUUGAGCACAACAAGCUGAACUUGCAACCAGGAACGUUCGAAGCCUUGAGCAAUUUGACCUAUCUGGGUCUAGUGUACAACGGCCUCAAUGAAAUUCAGCCGGGGUUGUUCGACGGUCUGGAGAGUCUGGAGGCACUUUCCUUAUCCUACAAUGACAUCAAGAGUUUAUCAGCUGGAUCGUUCAACGGCUUAAGUUCGCUGAGAAUGCUUAACUUGCGGGUCAACAAGAUUGAAUCGUUUGAUGCAAAUACAUUCGCUUCUCUGAAGGAACUUUCCAGACUUGAAAUAACGCUCAAUCCAUUUGUCAGUUUGCCAAGAGGAUUGUUCUCUGAAAAUAAGAAAUUAAAGACCUUGAUUUUGACAAACAAUAGGAAACUGGUCACGCUUCCAGAGGAGUUAUUAGCCAAUCUGAAGGAGUUGACCGUUGUCAAUCUGAGUCAUAACGGAGUUGGAAAUCUUCCGGAAUCGCUGCUCAGUGGGUCUUCAGGUAUCAUCGAGCUGAAUCUAGGCUACAAUAGGCUGAACAGUUUACCGGAAGAACUGUUGAGCGAUCAGCCUCAACUGCAAGUGCUGAACCUCGAUCACAACCAGUUAGAAUCCAUCCCGGACUACUUUUUAGAAAGGAACGUUGAGUUACAAACCCUCUAUCUCUCUCAUAACCGCUUGAGAAGCUUGUCAGAGAAAGCAUUUACGAAGCUCAAGAACUUGAAAGAGCUCCAUCUGGAAAACAAUCAACUACAAACCAUCCCCCAGUUUCUGUUCAGUGGCACGCCUAAGCUGGAAGAGAUCUAUAUGCAGAACAAUCAACUAGCCUUACACGCCAACAGCUUCAUAAAUGAAGAAUUAAGCAUAGCUGAUAAUGACAACACGCCGUUCCAGGUGCUACAAAAGCUACGAAUCCUUCACCUCAGGAAUAAUAGCAUUUCGACGAUAUUCCAAGAUUGGUACAUUAACAACCUUGAAAUGCAAAGCCUGGACCUCAGUUUCAACAAACUUCCCGGACUUUCCUACACUCAACUGCAGUUUCAGUCGAAUAUUACCUUGAAUCUCUCCAACAACGAAAUCUCACAGGUCCUACUUAUAGAUGACCUGGAUCUUCAACCCUAUCAAAGGAUCAAUGUCGACCUCAACCAUAAUCCUCUGAACUGUAACUGCAACGCGCUGAAAUUCAUUCAGUUGAUCCAAUCGAAGGCGGAGCACGGACUUCAGUUCAACGUCGAUCAACUACGCUGUUCUGAACCUCCGAACCUCCUCGAUGCUACCAUGGACCAACUACAAACCAAAGAUCUGUUGUGCGAUUUUGAAUCCGCAGACGACUGCCCGAAAGACUGCCAGUGUGCUAUGCGGCUCCUUGAUCACACGGUCAUCGUGAACUGCUCCGGACGUGGACUGACCGAAUUCCCAGAUUUGCCCAUACCAUCGCAGCUUCAUGAAGACUUCAACGCUCUCGAAGUCCACGUCGAAAACAAUCGGUUAACCAAACUCCCAAACCUAACCAAGCACAAUGAAAUUACCCAGUUAUAUGCUCGGAAUAAUUCCAUCCAGAAUCUCUUGCCCCACAAUAUUCCAUCCAAGUUGCGCAUCAUCGAUCUUAGCCAAAACCUUUUGAAAAUGAUCGACGAUUCAACGCUGGCACAAAUUAACCGCUCCAGCCAUCUUGAAACCAUCCGACUUUCUCAGAAUCAAUGGCUCUGCGAUUGUCCAGCAUCCAGUUUUCUGAUUUUUGUUCAACAGAAUUCCCGUCUGAUCUCUGACAUGUCCGCAAUAAGAUGCCACCCGUCCGGGAAAUCCCUGGACUCCAUCACCGUCAAUGAGCUGUGCUUUGAAGACUACACCACAAAAAUUGUGAUUUGCUUUGCGAUUGCCGUUUUCGGAUUGCUAGUAGGCUUAAUUUCACUAUUGUUCUUCCGCUACCAGACGGAAGUCAAGGUAUGGCUGUUCACGCAUAAUCUCUUCCUGUCGCUCAUAACCGAGGAAGAACUGGACAAGGACAAACUCUACGAUGCGUUCAUUUCCUACUCGCACUUGGACGAGGAAUUCAUCGUCGACGAACUGAUCCCGAAGCUGGAAAAUGAUCCGAUGAACUUCAAGACUUGUUGGCACGUGCGAGACUUCAUGCCCGGCGAGAUGAUCAUGACGCAGAUCGUCAAGUCGAUCGAGGCAUCCCGCCGGACGGUGAUCGUGCUGUCGAAGAACUUCCUGGAAUCGAGCUGGGCCAAGCAAGAGUUCCGCCAGGCGCACGUCCAAUCGAUGGAGGACAACCGAGUGCGGGUGAUCGUCGUCAUCUACGAGGACAUCGGAGACAUCGACAGCCUGGACGGUGAACUGAAGGCGUACCUCAAGACCAACACCUACGUCAAGUGGGGCGAUCCGUGGUUUUGGCAGAAGCUCCGCUACGCAAUGCCGCACCCCCUCAAGGUCAAAGGAAUCAAGUCCGCCGUGUCGGAGAUUCACUUGCAGCAAGUCACGACCAAGGCCACUCCGACGGCCGUAUAGCCCUUGCCCGGUUCUACACGGUAAAUCAGUUUUAUGCAGCAAACGAAUGCUUAAAACAGAUUUAAAGUGUUAGAACAUAUCUAGAAUACUCAAUGAAAUCCCGAAGGAUGAAAUCUUGGCUUAAUAAACCGACGGUCUCAAAGUGACGGAAGAACUGAUUUCAUAGAAUCUAUGACAGUUUGACAAUGAUCGACUUAAACUUCCAUUUGAUGAUUGACCUCAAGUUGUUCCUUGAAGGUGCUGUUGAACUCGCAGAGCAGGGAUAGGAAAUAUCGGUUUUGUGAUCUUACGGUUAGGAUGAAUCGACUAAGAGUCAUCGACAUGCUUUCUCAUCAUCAACCGGAGAAGAAUCUACUAAGCUAAUAGUAACUUUAAGGUUUUUGCUGGAAGCGCUCUACAUACUAGCCGCGGACAGAGCUGGAUACAGCCUUCUAAAUCCAGUAAAUGUUAGAAGUUUCAUUGACAACUCUGAUGUAAGAGUAUCUUUGGGAACAUUUUACCAAAAGAGAAAUUGUAUUGUUGGCUUGAAAAGUAAAUACAUUAGGUGCUAAUCGAACACACACAUAUCAGAGGAUCAUGCUCUGUCCCAGAUGAGAUGUAAUAUCCAGAAGAAGAACCAUAACUAUCCUAAACACACCUUGACGCACUUUUUAAAUGUCUGCACUUCUCAAGUACCCACUCCUACAAAUCGACAACGAAAUCUGCGAUAAACAAUAGGGAUUUCGCAAUCUAGUGCCUUACUACAAUUUGCCAUAACACGGUCAUGCCAUUAUGUACAAAAUUUUAAGCAAUCUCUGAACCUGUUUUGUAUAUAGCAUAGCUUCGUUACUUUUUAUGAUGUAUGCUUUCGAUAAGAUGCUGAGCUUAAUCUUCAUAGAAGAAGACACAUUGUAACUGUGACUCAUGGAAACACAAAUGUUAAAAAAUUGAGACAAUUUAAUUUUAUUUGAAGAACUGUUAACAGCAGGAAAUGAGCUAACAUUUCAUGUAGUUCGAACUCUCAGAUUGAUCGUAUUGGUUUAUUCAGUGAAUAGUGUUACAAUCAAAUAAAUUUAAGAAUGAAUUCUUUUAGAAGAUGAAAUAUAUUUCUGUUGAAUUCAAUAUUUACUUAUGAAGGAUGAAUAAAAAAUAAUCAUGCCUGAA